CGAAGGUGAGAGGAACAGAGCAAAGUGUGAGAAUGGCAGGUAAGGAGGGGACUAUCGAAACGGCGAAUCAGAAGCCUCAUUUUGUCGCAACGUCAUGCAGACUUGCGAACCAAUGAACGCGUAGCAGACUGGUUAAAAGGUGAGCCCGGAGCCAGCAAAUCGUCAGACGUCUCUGCAGUUGCAGCCAUGAAGAUCUCCAGAGUCUUCUGCCUUGUCUUCGGCCUCCUACUCUGCCCAGUCUGCGAAGCCAAGCUGGGCCUCGCCUUGGCACCGUACGUGUGGGCUAGUAACCUGGCCAAGGAUACGGCGCAGACGCUGGUCGCCUACAAGCUGUCUCUGGCUACGAAGGCGCUCGCCAUGAUCACCGGUAAUCGUUCCUUCAGGGCCACCAUCUCCUACGACUCUCAGCUGGAGCGCUACGAAGACGCUCCCGCAGCGGCCGUUGAAGACGACUUGGUCCGGGGUGCUCUUAGGAGAGUCGCAUCCAUUACGGCUCCUCCGAAUCCAGUCUAUGUAGAAAACGAGGUAAAAGUUGAGUGGCCGCCCAGCGUGACGAAGCCAGUGAUGCGCCUUCCUACGCUGCCGCCGAUGCCCAGAGUUGUGCCCAUGAUUGUGGCGCCUGACUUUUUCCCUAAGAUCGUGGUUCCCCAUCUUCCAUGGAUUCUUGUGCCCAAGCUGUGGGUCCCCAAGAUUGUCAUGUCGGAGGUUGCUUUUCCCGACGUCCUGCAGUCCAAGCUUGACCUGCUGACCAGCAAGAUGAACAACCUUGGGAGCAAGUCCGCCGCCAUUCUUGGCGGUCCGAAGUACGCAAGCGGAUAUGUUCAGGGCGGCUUCCGCGUUGGUCAUGGCGCUGGACCCAUCGCUGACGUCCAGCUGGGUUCCAAUCCUGAGCCGACUCCAGUCUCCCCCGUCAAGCCACGACAGUUGACCGUUGUGCAAGAGAACCCUCAGCUCGAGCAGAACGUGACCACCGCGUCAGCGCCCGUCAACCACAGCCGUCCUGUCCGUUCCGUCGACGCCGGCGAGAUGGGCCGUUACUUUAGGUUUAUUCAAGCCAAUGACGAAGGGCGCUGCGUAGCCCUGAUGGUUUGCUCCAUGGCCGCACACCCCCAACACUUUGGCGUCUACGGUCGCAAAGUCGCCGACUUCUUCGAUGACGUCAAGCCCUCGGUGUUCUCCCCUGUGGCGCCCUACAAGGAGGCGUCGCGUGUCGGUCGCAGUGGGCGUUCGUGUCGAUACCGCUAUUCGGAUUGCCGGAUGGAUCCCAAGUACCUGGCCCGGCUCGGUGAAUCGCAUGUCCACGUGCUCUAGAGUGCAGCGGGCCCGGAGUUACUCCUCUUCACCCACAUGUAUAGCGCGGCCCAUGUAUAUAGACUUCAUUUAUGUGCAUACAGCUCACGCUGAUGUGCUCAUCAGUCAUGUAUAGUCAUACAGCUGUAUAUGCAUAUGUGUGUAUAUAAUUGCAUGCAUAUAACUGACCGGUUGCCCAUUCGCAAUGUAGAACGCUGUAAAUAUUGUAAAUAAAGGUAUAUUUAUUUUUA